UGCUCGCAUCCAAAUCAUUUAUGUAAAUGACAAAAAGUAGAGGGCCCAGCACCAAUCCUUGUGGUAUCAUUUAGAUAAUCACCAAAUGCCCUCCUGAAUGACUCAAUUGAACUGCACUGCCAGGUAAAUACAAUUCAUACAUCCAACCCUCCCUGAAUUGGCAAGAUUUUCCUCACUUCAUCCUUGCUUCUUUUGCAGAUCACUUUAAAUCUAUGUCUUCUUGAUAUUCUUUUUACAAGUAUGGAUAGCUUCUCCCUAUCUGCCUGUCCAACCCACUUGUUUUGAAAAUAUCUGGGCUGCAUUCUCUCAGAGGAGACGUAACUUCUUCAAUGUAUUUUCAUAACUGAAGUUCUUCAACUCUGGAACCAAUCUUGUAAGCCAUUCCAGCACAUCACAUCUUUCAUACAAACCUGUGCUGUACAAAUCUAUGGCUACUGUGGACCUAGAAUUGUACACAGUACUCAAACUAAGGUCUAACAAAUGUCUUAUACAAUUGCAGGCUUUGGGAGUGAGAAAGUCACUAAACUUCGACUUGCUCUUAUUCAACUUCUGGCCAAUGAUAACACCCAGGAUGUAGAUAAGGGCUAAUUUGGUGAUAGUAAUGCCACUGAAUGUCAAGAUGCGAUUACUAAAUUAUCCCUCUUGGAGACUGCCAUUUCAAGGCAGUUGGGGUGUGUAUGCUAUUUGCCACUUGUCAGCGUAAGAUAUUAUCCAAGCCUUGAUGCAUUUGGGCUGGAAUGAUUCAGCAUCUGAAUGAGUUGCGAAUAGUGCUGAACGUUUGCUGACAGUUACGUAAUAUCCCAUAAGGCCGACUCCGAAGGGUAAAUAGUUCAGUUUAUUGUUUAACACGAGGUGGUUCAUUUUUAAUAAACUGAACUAUUACUGGCCAAUGCUAAUGCUAUGGGGAUCUGGUGCCACAUGCAGGACAGACGAGGUAAGGCUGCCAGUUUGUUUUUUUUUUCAACACAACUGAUUGCAGAUUUGAGAAAUGCUGAAGGAGCAUUGGCGUGUGGGCUUUGUCGAUGCACAGCUGCCACUGUAGCACCAGCUUUGGAGAAAUCAGGAGACAAUGAACAAUCAGCCUCACGUUUUAGCUUAUGCACUUCAUGAAACUGAAGGUAUUCCAGAAAGGUUUGCAGAACUCAUCAAGAAACAUUUCAACAUCAUCUACUAUGAAGAAUUCCUGAAAAAUGAAAAAGAACUUGCUGAGAAAAUAGAGUUUAUUUUUGGUUGGAAACACUAUCCCAUAAUAGAUGAAAAGCUUCUGAAAUCUCUACAUCAUUUGAAGGCCAUUAUAAAUCAUGGAGUUGGUGUGGACCAUCUCGACUUACCUCUGAUCAACAAUUCUGGGGUGAAGGUGGCCAACACUCCUCAUGUGGUGGACAAUGCUACUGCUGAAAUGGGCAUGGUGUUAAUGUUGACAUCUGCCAGGAAUAUAUUGGAAGGCAAAGGAAGAAGGACUGUAAGAAUGGGUAAUCCUACUUUGCACUCUCUCGUCUCCAGUUUACAGCAAAUAAUGCUGAAGUUCGAAAAGACACAGGUCAGACUUGGAUUGGAAUACUGUCUAUAGUUCUGGGCAUCAGGCUUCAGGAAGGAUGUAAAUACGUUAGAAAGUGUGCAGAACAGGUUUACAAGGAUGGUUGCAGGGUGAAAAACUUGGUUUAUGAAAAAAGACUGGAGAAAUUGGAAUCGUUUUCCUUGGACAAGAGAAGGCUUAGACAAGAUUUAAUCAAAGUUUUCAAAAUUACAAAUGUCAAUAGGGAGAAAUUUUGUACUGAUAGAAGGAUCAAAAUGAGAGUGCACAAAUUUAAUGUAAUUUACAAAAGAAUCAAAUGUGAUGUCAGAAAAAGGUUUUUUAUACAGUAAAUAGUUAGAGGGUAUGGAAUGCAUUGUCUGGAAGUGUGGUCAGGUUCAAAGGAGGCAUUGAAGCCAGGUUUAAAAUGAUCAUUUAAACAGAAACAAUAAAUGAAGUCACAGUGCUAUUCUCUUGCCUUUUACAAAGUCCUAAUUCUCAAUCAGCGAGCUGGUCCAGAUUCAAUGGGCUAAAAAGCCUCCUUCUAUU